ACGCAGAGCGAGCAGAGAAGCAGAGCGCAGCAGCAUCCCUGCUUACCAGCGGCACCUCACCAAUCUCCAGCAGCGAGGUGUUUUCUCACUGAGCAUCCUACAGAUAUAACGAAAAACAUCGCAGAUGUGAUUUCCAUUUGAGGAAGUGAUACAAGAGAUAAAAGAUAAGAUGGCCACCUCCUCCUCCACUCUGGAAGAAGACGAGAGUUUGAAGGGCUGUGAAAUUUUUGUGCAGAAGCACAACAUCCAGCAGAUCCUCAAAGAGUGCAUUGUGAACCUCUGCAUUGCAAAGCCUGAGCGUCCUAUGAAGUUCCUGCGGGAACAUUUUGAAAAGCUGGAGAAGGAAGAAUGCAAGCAGAUCAUGGCACGCCAGAAAUCUAACAGCCAGUCGGACUCACACGAUGAUGAGGUUUCUCCCCCACCGCCCAAUCCUGUCGUGAAGGCCCGGCGCCGCAGGGGAGGGGUCAGCGCCGAGGUCUACACUGAAGAGGAUGCUGUCAGCUACGUACGCAAGGUGAUCCCAAAGGACUACAAGACCAUGACCGCCUUAGCCAAGGCCAUCUCCAAGAAUGUGCUGUUUGCUCACCUGGACGACAAUGAGAGAAGUGACAUAUUUGAUGCCAUGUUCCCAGUCACCCACAUCGCAGGGGAAACAGUCAUCCAGCAAGGCGAUGAAGGAGACAACUUCUAUGUGAUUGACCAAGGUGAAGUGGACGUGUACGUGAACGGGGAGUGGGUGACCAGUAUUGGAGAAGGAGGUAGUUUUGGAGAGCUGGCCCUGAUAUAUGGGACUCCAAGAGCUGCUACCGUGAAGGCCAAGACGGAUCUGAAACUGUGGGGCAUCGACCGAGACAGCUACCGGCGCAUCCUCAUGGGAAGCACACUGAGGAAGAGAAAGAUGUACGAAGAGUUCCUCAGCAAGGUCUCCAUCCUUGAGUCUUUGGACAAGUGGGAACGUCUGACUGUGGCCGACUCUCUGGAGCCCGUUCAGUUUGAGGAUGGAGAGAAGAUAGUGGUGCAAGGAGACCCUGGUGAUGACUUCUUCAUUAUAACAGAGGGAAUAGCCUCUGUUCUGCAGCGUAGGUCCGAUAACGAGGAGUAUGUGGAGGUCGGACGCCUGGGACCCUCUGACUACUUUGGUGAGAUCGCCCUCCUGUUGAACCGUCCCAGGGCAGCCACCGUCGUCGCUCGUGGUCCGCUGAAGUGUGUGAAGCUGGACCGGCCUCGCUUUGAGCGGGUGCUGGGUCCGUGCUCAGAGAUCCUCAAGAGGAACAUCCAGAGAUACAACAGCUUCAUCUCCCUCACAGUGUGACACCUCAGCCCCUCUGGGCUCCACCAGCAGGGGUGGGCAGCAUCAGCAUCAGAGUUUGGGUCUGUGGGUGGGGUGAGGUUAGGAGAAGGGGUACAGGACAUGGGUUUUACAUCCACAACUACAGGGCGCUCAUUUCCUGCCUUUUUUACAUGUUGCUCGUUUCUUUUCUUUUGAUCUUGUGCACUUUGACUUGACCUGUGCUGUCACGUAGCUUUAUGUCAAAAUCAACAUGUAGGAGCGUAACAAUCAGAGCAAGGGCCGAGAUCAUUCAACUUAAUACAGGUAAAUGAGUCAUUUGUACAGUGUGGCAACUGUAUAUGAUGCAUGCUUCUAAACUGACAGAGAAGGGUGUUUGCACUUUCAUGAAUUUAUGAAGGGUACAGUGAAAUUCAGGAAAAACGAAGGAAGUGAAGUCAUGUUUACGUCCAGCGGGAGGAAGUGAGUACACGUUUAUUUUUCGCUGGCUGUUGUUUGCCUAUUUUUUUCACAGUGUGAAGGAAAAAAAAAAGUGUCUGUUUCAUUUUUAGUGCUUCUUAUGUGUGCUUUUACUGCUAUUAUCAGUUGGGGGAUUUAUUAAAGGCAGUGAUAUGUUGAGUUAAGAUUUUAAUAUUAUGUCAGCCAAAUAACAGUUAGCUUUUUCUCAGAAAAUCCUUUCUGUUCUCAGUCUGAUCUAUGAGCUGUGGGAUUCCAAAAGAGCAGUACAUGUUAUCAGUCCGGUCCACAAAAACACAAACAACCUGACAUGAAACACACAACUGUUCUCUAUAUGCUUGCACUGUCUCAGGACUAGGUAAAUCCUCAAAACAGACACACACACACACACACACACACGUCUUUCCUGUUGCUUUCUUACGCUGUUUUUGUUUUAUGUUACAGUGAAUUGCUAGAUGACAGCUUUUGCACCACUUAAGAGUUUGUAAUGUUGGUUCAAUACUGAUGUUUGAUUUAGCACUUUUUAAGACAUUACUUAUAUGAUAUAAUUAUAUAAAAGAAAUAUGUAAAAAAAUAUGUAUUUGUGUUGCUUUCCUUUGAUCUAAUGUUAUCUGUCAAAGAUGCACAACUGACCCAGUGACCAAUGUUGUACACAAUGGGACCUUAUGAAAAGAAUAUUUAUAUAUUCUCUCUCUUUAUGUCUUUCUUUCAACUAUCAACCAUCUUGGGCAAAUAAAGAUUAGCUUCUGAAAUCC